AUGUAUUCGAAAAAGAAUACGACCGUCCUCCCCUACAUUUCCCCAGACCAAGUCUCGAAACGGAACGGAGUGGAUAACCCCGAGAUUUGGUUGGUGAUUGAUGACAUCGUCUACGACUGUACACCCUUUCUAUCUGGACAUCCUGGGGGUGAGGCUGUGUUGAGACGGUUCGCUGGGUUCGACUGUUCAUGGCAGUACCAUGCUAUCCAUGGGGAACGACGAAAGGUCUUCGCAAACAAAUCAUUAGAAAAACUAAGAGUUGGAUGGACGGAGGGAGUCAGCAAUCCAUAUUCUAAACCAGAAUGGGUCGAAUAG